GCUAUUAAUCUGAAAGAUCCCUCCUCUACCUAACUAUAAAGCUUCAACUAUAUAAGUUAACUUUUCAGCCCCUCGGCGGACACCAUAUCAUCAAACUGCAGCAACUCUCAGAACUAUCUCUACAAAUACCUUUACAUUAACCAAUUUAUCCUUUGUUAGAACCCUUAUAUCAUAAACUUCAUUAUGCAUUACGCUUUGGCUAUUAGCGCUCUUCUCUCCACAGCUUCGGCACUGGGCAUUAACUGCCGAGGAUCUGGCUUUUGCAACAUCAACAACGCUAGCUUGAACGAUGUCUUAACUCAAGCAAAGCAGCUAGUAGCUCGCGGACAGGGUGAUCACUUCUGGCCCGAGCAUGUUCAAAUUGCUUGUGCCUCAGGCCAAUACGGCUCGAUCUGUGCUUUCUUCCAGAAUGGUGCAAGUGGCACUACGACCCGGGCUAUCGACUUGAUCCAGGGCAUCAUUGACCAUGGAUGCACUCAGUGUGGCAGCAUUCCUACGAAUCCUGGCAACAACGUUGAUAGCGGGGAGCUGACAGUAAACUAUGUUCAGAAUCCUUGCUGUAACGGUAACUGCUACUGCCCUGUUUAACAGUAUAAAGAGUGGCCAAGUAUUAGCUAUUAAAAGAGAGAUCAAGUUAAGCUCCAAGUACUACAACAAGACCCGAAAACUGGCUUAUCAUAAACUUCAUCAAUUCCAAACACGUUUACCAAUCCCAUCCAAUAAAAUCCCUGCUAAUUCAAUUCAUC